AUGCUGAUAUUUGAAAGAGGAUGUUUAGGGGAUGUUGAGGUGGAUUUUGAGGACAUUAAGGAUGUUAAGGUGGAUGUUAAGGAGGAUUUUGAGGACAUUAAGGAUGUUGAGGAUGUUAAGGAGGAUGUUGAGGUGGAUUUUGAGGAGGAUGUUGAGGAUGUUAAUGAGGAUGUUGAGGUGGAUUUUGAGAAAAUUAAGGAUGUUGAGGUGGAUGUUGUGGAUGUUAAGGAGGAUGUUGAGGAGGAUGUUAAGGAUGUUAAGGAGGAUGUUGAGGAUGUUAAGGAGGAUGUUGAGGAUGUUCAGGAGGAUGUUAAGGAGGAUGUUGAGGAUGUUAAGAUGGAUUUUGAGGACAUUAAGGAUGAAAUGAGGAUGGAUGAGUCUGUGUCGAAGGAUGUGUCUAUGUCCAAGGAUGUGUUUAUGUCUGUGUCCACGGAUGUGUCUGUGUCCAAGGAUGUGUCUGUCUGUGUUCAAGGAUGUGCCUGUCUGUGUCCAAGGAUGUUUCUGUGUCCAAGAAUGUGUCUGUCUGUGUGCAAAGAUGUGUCAAAUAUUGAGGUGUACUACACCAUGCAUGUUCAAAUACACCCCUGGACCCUCAGUAUUGAGGUGUACUACACCAUGCAUGUUCAAAUACACCCCUGGAACCUCAGUAUUGAGGUGUACUAG